AUGGUUGUUCUUUGCCAAUCGGAUGCUUGCACUGGUCUAUGCUAGCAUUUCUGUUUGGUCCGUCAUGAACAUUUAUACAGUAACAGUACUUGUAUGGCAAACUUCGUGGCGAAGAAUGCGGUUUUCGAUCUCAUUACAGUAAUCUCAAACGUGGUUACAAUGUUACGAGUAUACGCCGUGACAGGUAGCGACCGACGACCUGUGAUUUUCCUCGCGUUGGUAAUGGUCUUCAAUGUGGUCUUGAAUGCCUACACUGAAUUCGCCCAAGCAUCAUAUUCUGUGGUCAUAUUUAAUGGGACAGCCAUAUGCAGCGAGUUGUAUACUUCGCGCUCAGCACAAGGUAUCAUUACAAAGUUGGUCAUAGCCAACGAAGUCUCUGGUGCACCCGCCGUCAUCAUGACGCUCGCAAUUCUCUGGCGCAAACUAUACGUUGAACAUAGACUAGCCGCGGCUGAUCUCCUGUCUAAGAGGAAUCCGUCGCUCGCAGCGCUGCUCCUCAGAGAUGGCACAAUCCAACUGACAGCACUACUACUACUCAACUUAUUACAGACCGUGUUGUAUUUCGGGAACUCUAGUGCUGCAAAUAUCAUCGGAUGGUUGGAAUACUCACUCGCUCCCAUUCUGAUCUCUCGUGUCCUCCUCAACAUCCGAGCCGCAGCACGGUCCACACGCGGAGAACAGCCUCAAACGCCCUCUUUCGUCCGGUCACGGCGUGGUGUCCAGUCACAAGACGACGUAGAAAACAUGUCGUUCGAAUUAAACAUCCUCAACAGCACCGAACAAGCCCUGGAGAGCGAUCGCUCUCACCCUCAAGAGUCUAUUGGACAUGAUGAAAUUGUUGCUGUACCGCGAAGCAUGGCGAACAAUGCUGUUACUGCCGGAAAUGCUCAACAGGACGUGAACGAGGAAGAGAGGAUGGACGAAGUCGAGGAUGAGAUGCUGUCGGAUUGGGAGGAUGACGAGUAAGACCGGCAGAGAAUGGUUUGCUUGCGAUUUAUUUUCUCCGCAGAUUUUUCCCUGUGUUGUGCGUGAUAAGGUCAUUGAUAGUUCAAGCCCCAUCACGGGGCUUUAUACCCAGCUGCAUGGAUAUUUAUUGCACCAUAGAGAGCACAAUGUCCUUCUAGUUCUAUCGUCCGUGUUGAUUUUACCUUUCAUUAUUUCCUGGCAUGCCUACUAUGACAUGUGCAGUCUUCUG